AGAUAAUUAAUUAAAUAAUAAAUUAAAUAAAACACCAUUUACCGGUGAGUGAGUGAGAACAUAUUGGCAAUCGAGCCUAAAUCUAACAUUGAACAUUACCUAUGUUUUUUUUAUAAAUCCAUAGAUCCUCUAAAAAUACUUCCGUCACCUUUUCUGCUUGUAAAUUAUACGUCAUACGAAACAUACUGUCAAAACAUGCAAAAUAUUAUAAAAAUCAACAGAAAAUUGCAAUCUUAAAAGUUUCACAAAUGGAUUAAGAAAUGAAAUGCCAACUUGCAGCCAAAACAAGAAAUGCACACAUAAUAGAAUAAAAUGUCACAGAGUUCCGAUCUCACCACGUCCCUGUAUUGACAGCCACAGAAUACCACAUUUUAACCCACAAUUUUGCUCUCCAAGAUGCCAUAACCCUUUCAUACAUCCCCAUUAUCCAAAUCCCGCUCAUUGUAUGGCAUCAGUCAAAAAGUGUCACAACUGUUCAGAUGAAUCAGAGGAUGAAGAAGCAAAAGAAAACGUAGAGAUAAUACAAUGCCCAUAUACUGCUUCCACGCAGGUCGUGGAUGGUCAAGACGGAAAUACUAAACUUAAAACCUGCUGUGUCCGUAACGCCGAUUCCAAAGGGUCUCCACAAAUUUUGCCUCCAGGAUUCAAAGCUCAUAUAUCCGUUGAUAUAGCUGACCCACAAUCUUCAGUAACACAGAGGCCAGAAGUGUGCUGCCGCGCUAAAAAAAGCUUGGAAAACGUGUCCAACCAGAAGCAAUCCCCUAAAGAGACUUCAACGCCCAAAUCAAACGAACAGGAUUCAAAAAAUCCUGAAAUAUGUUGCGCAAGAUCUAAAAAAAAAUUCCAAGCAAUUGAAGCACAAUCUAAAGUAUCAGCUCAAAGUUUUAUUAAACACGAUACUGAUUCAACUGUAAUCAAGCAUAUUGAUAGUGAAGCUUUGUCACUACAAAGCGUAGAAUCAGACGAUAAUGUAUCUGAAAAGCCAUGCUGUGCUAGUGCCUAUCCUAGAAUCAAAACAGAACCAAUUUUGCCACCAAAAGGUAUCAGUGGAACCUCUAGACCGGGCUACGUUGUGAAUAAAGAGAACCCGGAUCCAAUACCAAAAGAAAUACCAUCGGAAUGUAUGACUGACGGUGGAUGCAUUCAUGGCAUUUCCAGCAUAAUGCCAAAUGCGAAACAAAAGAAGGAAAGCACUUGUCUUUGUGGUGCAAAAAGUAAAAAGGAAUCUCAUGUGUGUGAUGCAAGCAAACUUUUGACUGGUCAGAAGAGUUGCCCAUGUAGAUAUCCACCAGGUUACAGCCAGUUCAGCUGUUCUGGCAACAUUACCGGGGUAUGCAAGUGUAAUGGGGAAUUUAAAUAAAUAAACACAUAAAUGUAA